AUGGUUGUCUUUCUCGAUCGUGCAUCUUUCGCCCACAAUACUAACUCGCGGUGUCUCUCAGGAUCGAUGGCCGAUGUUCCCAAGGACUUGCUCCAAGAGAUCAAGAAGCUUGAGGAGCAAUUUACUGUCGAUACGAGCAAGUUGAAGCAGAUCUCUGACCAUUUCGUCACCGAAUUGGAGAAGGGUCUCAGUGUUGAGGGUGGUAGCAUUCCCAUGAACCCUACAUGGGUUAUGGCUUUCCCCGACGGCUACGAGACCGGCACAUACUUGGCUCUGGAUAUGGGUGGCACGAACUUGCGUGUUUGCGAGAUCACUUUGACGGAUAACAAGUCGGAGUUCGACAUCAUUCAAUCCAAGUACCGCAUGCCCGAGGAGCUUAAGACGGGAGAGUCCGAGGAGCUCUGGGAAUACAUUGCCGACUGUCUGCAACAAUUCAUUGAUACCCACCACGGAGAUACCCCGCCUACCGAAGGCGGCAAGAUUCCUCUUGGUUUCACAUUCUCCUAUCCAGCCUCUCAAAACUACAUCGAUGAGGGUGUCCUUCAGCGAUGGACCAAGGGCUUUGAUAUUGCUGGCGUCGAGGGCGAGAAUGUGGUCCCUAUGCUUGAGGCUGCCCUUGACUCCCGGGGCGUUCCCAUCAAGGUCUCUGCCUUGAUCAACGACACGACUGGUACCCUGAUUGCCUCCGCCUACACGGAUCCCAGGAUGGCUGUCGGCUGUAUCUUCGGCACGGGUUGCAACGCUGCGUACAUGGAGAACUGUGGCUCGAUUCCUAAGCUGGCUCACAUGAACCUGCCAGCGGAUGCCCCCAUGGCUAUCAACUGCGAGUGGGGCGCUUUCGACAACGAGCACAAGGUCCUGCCCCGGACGCCCUACGACAUCAUCAUUGACAAAGAGUCGCCGCGACCUGGCCAGCAGGCGUUUGAGAAGAUGAUUGCAGGUCUCUACCUCGGAGAGAUCUUCCGUCUAGUCAUGGUGGAUCUUCACGACAACAAGGACAUCCACAUGUUCGAGGGUCAGGAUCUCAAGCAGCUCCGAAAGCCUUACUCCUUGGAUGCCUCAUUCCUCUCCGCUAUUGAGGACGACCCCUUUGAGAACUUGCAAGAGACUGCAGAUCUCUUCUCUGAUAAGCUCAACCUGGCUUGCACCCGCCCCGAGCUCGAACUCAUUCGCCGCACUGCGGAACUGAUCGGCACACGUGCUGCGCGCCUGUCCGCCUGUGGUGUUGCUGCUAUCUGCAAGAAGAAGAACAUGCAAUCGUGCCACGUUGGUGCGGAUGGUUCCGUUUUCAACAAGUACCCGCACUUCAAGGCACGCGGCGCUCAGGCCCUACGCGAAAUCCUCGACUGGCCGGCAAAGAAGAGUCUCAGAGAGGAAGACCCCAUCGAGAUCCUGGCCGCCGAAGAUGGUAGCGGUGUGGGCGCUGCUCUCAUUGCGGCUCUGACCCUGAAGCGUGUCGAAGCCGGCAACCUUGCAGGUAUCCUUCACCCGGAGAACUUUAGAUAA